UUGAAAUCCACCGAGUGAAUUUCAUUUACCGUAAACACCCUUCACUUUAUUUUCUUGUGUCAAGUCUUGAGUUUUCGACUGAAUUUCAAUACCAUUUGGCGCGCAGAUCGAUCCCUUUCUCUUUCCCUAAAUUAUGAAUUUCACUCUAGAUUCUCGAUUUUCAACAAAUUGACCCCUAAAUCUUCUAGGGUUUCAACAAAUGUAGGUGAGUAGAACGAGUGUAGCAGAGAACUCACUGAAUUUCAUUUUUUUCUUCUGAUUUCCCCUCUAAAGAGAAGAAAUCUAGGGUUAUGGAGUUUACCGAGUCGUAUAAACAAACAGGUCCGUGUUGUUUCUCACCAAAUUCUCGUUAUCUUGCUGUUGCUGUUGAUUAUCGACUUGUUAUCAGGGAUUCUUUCUCCCUUAAGGUUGUGCAACUGUUUUCUUGCUUAGAUAAGAUAAGCUAUAUUGAAUGGGCCCGCGAUUCUGAGUACAUAUUAUGUGGUCUUUACAAGCGACCAAUGAUCCAGGCCUGGUCAUUGUCCCAGCCUGAGUGGACAUGCAAGAUAGAUGAAGGUCAAGCUGGGAUCGCAUAUGCUAGAUGGAGCCCUGAUAGUCGCCACAUUCUUACCACAUCAGACUUCCAGUUGCGACUAACAGUGUGGUCUCUGUUAAACACAGCUUGUGUUCAUGUGCAAUGGCCAAAGCAUGCUUCUAAAGGUGUUUCAUUUACCAAGGACGGGAAGUUUGCUGUAAUCUGCACAAGACGUGAUUGUAAAGACUAUAUUAGCCUUCUGUCUUGUCACACAUGGGAGAUAAUGGAUGAUUUUCCUGUUGACACAUUAGACUUAGCGGAUGUCGAAUGGUCUCCUGAUGAUAGUGCGAUUGUGGUUUGGGAUUCUUUUCUUGAAUAUAAGGUUUUAGUAUAUUCUCCAGAUGGGAGGUGUCUAUUUAAGUUCCAAGCAUAUGAAAGUGGAUUGGGUGUGAAAAGUAUUGUGUGGUCUCCUUGUGGUCAGUUUCUAGCAGUCGGUAGCUAUGACCAGAUGUUGCGGGUUCUGAAUCACUUAACAUGGAAAAACUUUGCAGAAUUCAUACACCUAUCCACUGUUCGUGGUCCUUGCGCUGCUACCGUGUUUAAGGAGAUUGACGAAGUUUUACAGCUUGAUAUGUCAGGAUUACGUCUGAGCGAUGAUUUCAUUCGUGGGAAUUCUGAUAAUCAUCCAGAGGCACCUGUUACAGUGAGAUACAAAAUUAUGGAACUACCUAUUAGCUUGCCUUCGUUAAAGCCUCUUGUAGACAAACCAAACCCAAAACAGGGCGUUGGUCUGUUGUCAUGGAGCAGUGACAGCCAAUAUCUCUUCACUCGUAAUGACAGCAUGCCUACUGUUCUAUGGAUAUGGGAUAUGAGGCGCCUGGAGCUUGCAGCGAUACUGGUGCAGAAGGAAGCAAUACGCGCAGCGGCAUGGGAUCCUACAUGUCCACGUGUAAUUUUGUGUACUGGUAGCUCCCACUUGUACAUGUGGACACCAACGGGUGCUUAUUGCGUCAGUAUUCCAUUGCCCCAGUUUACAAUUACUGAUCUAAAAUGGAAUUUGGAUGGAAGUUGUGUUCUUCUCAAAGAUAAAGACUCAUUUUGUUGUGCUGCUGUCCCUCCCCUAGUACCAGAUUCUGGCGAAGAAGAAGAAGAUGAUGAAGAUGAAGAUGAAGAUGAUUAUGAUGAUGAUAGCUCAGACAUUGACUGAGCUUGUUUUGUCCUCUUUAGCUAUGUAGGAGAACAGAACAAGUUUUCCUUUGACGAGGUACUUGUACCUUCAACUGCUUGCUGUUGCACUCCCUCAAAAUCUAUACAAUGAGAUUACCUGAGGCAAAUUCAGGGCCAGACUAUGAUCUGCUUCUGUGACUGAAAGUUGUUAUGUACUUUAUUCGGUCUAAGAGCCUUAGAAAUUACCUUGUGUCAUUGGCUUCCUUUUUAGGCCAUUAAAAGGGAGAGCUAAAAUCGUCGAGUUAACUCUUUAACUAGGUCGAUUCUAUGGUGAGUCAAGUUUUGUGUUUUCUGUCGGACCAAAAUAUCCUUUUAGGAGUUUCGUAAUCCGAAAUCAUAAUUCCUUUUAUUAUUAUUAUGAAGUUUCCUUUUAUUAUUAUGAA